AACAUGGGCCCAAUAGGUGCAGAGGCUGAUGAAAACCAAACAGUGGAAGAAAUGAAGGUGGAGCAGUAUGGGCCAAUGCAAACUACUCCUAGAGGUGAGCUGGCCCCUGACCCUGAGCCAGAGCUUAUAGACAGCACCAAGCUGACUGAGGUUCGGAUUGUCCUCAUCUUGGCCUAUUGUUCCAUCAUCUUGCUUGGAGUGAUUGGUAACUCCUUGGUGAUCCAUGUGGUGAUCAAAUUCAAGAGCAUGCGCACAGUGACCAACUUUUUCAUUGCCAAUCUGGCUGUGGCAGACCUUCUGGUGAAUACCCUGUGCCUGCCAUUCACUCUCACCUACACCUUAAUGGGGGAGUGGAAGAUGGGUCCUGUCCUAUGCCACCUGGUGCCCUAUGCCCAGGGCCUGGCAGUGCAAGUGUCCACAAUCACCUUGACGGUGAUUGCCCUGGACAGGCAUCGCUGCAUUGUCUACCACCUGGAGAGCAAGAUCUCCAAGCACAUCAGCUUCCUGAUUAUUGGCUUAGCCUGGGGCAUCAGUGCCCUGCUGGCUAGCCCCCUGGCUAUCUUCCGGGAAUAUUCACUGAUUGAGAUUAUUCCAGACUUUGAGAUCGUAGCCUGUACUGAGAAGUGGCCUGGUGAGGAGAAGAGCAUCUAUGGCACCAUCUACAGUCUUUCCUCCUUGUUAAUCCUGUAUGUUUUGCCUCUGGGCAUCAUAUCUUUUUCCUACAUUCGUAUCUGGUGUAAGCUUAAGAACCAUGUCAGCCCUGGAGCUGCUAAUGACCACUAUCAUCAGCGAAGGCAGAAAACCACCAAAAUGCUGGUGUGUGUGGUGGUGGUGUUUGCGGUCAGCUGGUUGCCUCUCCAUGCCUUCCAACUUGCUGUCGAUAUUGACAACCAGGUCUUGGACCUGAAAGAGUACAAACUCAUCUUCACAGUUUUUCACAUCAUAGCCAUGUGUUCUACUUUUGCCAACCCCCUGCUCUAUGGAUGGAUGAAUAGCAACUACAGAAAAGCUUUCCUCUCAGCCUUUCGCUGUGAGCAGAGGUUGGACUCUAUUCACUCUGAGGUAUCUGUGACAUUCAAAGCUAAAAAGAACCUGGAAGUAAAAAAGAAUAAUGGUGCCAGUGACUCUUUCACAGAGGCAACCAAUGUCUGAGGAAGCAUGUGUAUGAAAAUGUGUGGAUGAAUGCUGACCAGAGCUACAAUUCUGGCUGAUGAAGUUUCACUGGGGCAUAUUGAUUUCCAAGUUUAAGGAAGAAAUAUAAUAUCUGAAUCAAAACAUCUGUGUGUAAUGGCUAGAAAACUGGCUGGCAGAGCCCAGGUGAACACUCAUAUCCAAAGACAAAGCAACAAAAUACUUUGCUUACAGUUUCUUGGAAGAUAGGUUGAAUUAUGCAUAAAAGCAGAGAGAAAUGCUUUUGACAGUACUCUUUUCCUAGAGUGAAGGAAAUUUGAGUGAGGAAUUUGCAUUAUCAGCAUUGCUAAAAGGCAGCUG